AUGAGUCUGGAUUUGGGACCGUACGCUAAUCCACCAGUCACCUCAAUGAGCUGGUUUGUCAACGGACUACCGCUGCUCCUGGAACCGACCGACAAAUCCGAGUUGGAAGGUGUGUUCGCCAGUGGUCGCAAUGGUGAAUUGUUGGCUUUACAUCGGAUCACACGAAAGCAUAUGGCCAACUAUACUGUAGUUGCCACAAACCCCGAAGCCGAAUCCAAGGCUAUCUUCUUCCUGAAUGUGACAUGUGAGUUGCAUCACCAGAUGACCUGA